UGACUUCAGGGAGGGCGUCAUGGGACACGUCAACCAAGGGACACAUCAAGCUCGGUAACUACAGGUAAUGGGACACGUAAAGCUCGGUAACUACAGGUAAUGCCGAUAAAAUUUUUAAAAAAUGAACUCGAAGAUACCUUCCUCCCCUCGGGCACAUUUUCCCCAGCUUGACCUCCGAUCCGUAAUAGCUAUAAAACUUCUACUUUAAUUGUAUACAGCUGUUUAUAUGUAUACAUACGGUUCGAGAGACUAUAUAUAACGACGCUUAUUAAUAAACAUUCAUGCAAAACGUGAAACUGCUGAAUAAUUUAUUAUUUGCGGCUUUGCUAACAGUGAAAUAGUAGUAAAUAAAAAUCUUGUUGAAGAUGUGAAAAGAAUUUUAUUUGUGGAUUUGACGAUUCCGAUUUCAUCAAUCUUGGUUAAACGACGACAUACCACUUUUGGUGUCAGUUGAAUUCUGCAACUGUAAGUUAAAUAAAGGAACUUAUGACUUAAUUUUGAAUAGCUGAGAUGUUGUUGUGCCAAUUUUGCGGUUCGGAGUGUUUGUGCAAUUGAUACUGAAGCAACUGGCAAAUUAUAGGUUAUUGCAGACAUUGUUUUCACAAUCAAAUUAUAAAAAAAACAGACAGUGUCAACUGGUGAAUAUGUUUAUAGAGACAUUCUUGCUUCCGCAACAACAGCAAAAAGUAACAAUAUUUCCAUAUGUGUGCAACGGGAAAACAUUGAUUAGUUGAAGAAUGUUUUCGCAUCAGCAUAUAGUUUGUCCAGGGCCUGAAACAUGGUUUAAUAGCCAUUCCAUGCAACAGAGAAUUGCUAUUUCCAACUUUUAAGGGUUUGAUGACCUAAAGCUUUUGGCAUAGCAUUGGAUAACAACGAAAGCAUAUACCAUUGGAAAACAAACAUAACCUAGGGGUCUGUUCAUAUGAUCCCACUCAUCGAGAGACGUCUUGCCUACCGAGACGAAUAUCUCCGUGCGUUCAUAUGGAGUAUUUCGUCCCGCUUGCCGAGAUUACAAUUCUAUAAUUAGCGUAUGCAAAACUUCUACAUUUCAGUCAAGCAACACAAAUACUUAGCGAUUUUAGUGUUUUUCUUCGUUUAUUUACAAGAAAAAUUAUUGCUUUAGUUUAGGUGCAUAUUUAAUACUUGUUUACAAAACAAACAUAAAACCAAGUAAAAAGUGUUAAAUUAAACGGCAAGACUUGUUUGACUUCAUCCCGGUAAGCGGGUUGGCGUGUUCAUAUGGAAAAAUUUUCAUCCCGCCUACCUAUGAUCUCGGCAAAUUCAAACGAGAUCUCGGCAAGCGGGCCAGCUCGCGCGCUUUCUCAGUCAUAUGAACACAAUGCAAAAUUUUAUAGGAAAAUAGCUAGAAGCGAGACGUCCCGGUAAGCGGUAUCAUAUGAACAGGCCCCUAGUCUGUGGCCUAGUAUCCGAUCUGAGCCAUCUGCUGUUAAAAAAUGAUUCGCUAUCGCGAUUCCAUAACUCAUAAGGAAAUUCCAACACGAAUCGAUCAAGUGUAAUGGGGUCAACAUACCAUAGAAUAGAUCUACACUGCUUAAGAAAUAUUUGCAAUGAACUAGCAUACACAAGUAAAUAACCUAGUCUUCUCCAGAAACGGAAUGAAAAGUGUAAUCCUAAUAAGUCGAGUAUUUGCAUGCAUAAAUGCACGCUACUUGUGACAAAGGGGUUGGUUAUACACAUUAGAAUCUCAGAAGAAAAACGAACGUGAACAGUGCCUUUUUUAACUAUAUAUCUGGGGGGGGGGCAAUUGCCCCCAGGAAAAGAAUCCCCCCCCCAGUAAAGCCAUUUCUGCCCCCGAAGUGCGAAGCAGAAUUGCUCAUGAUUGCUGUCAGAAUUGCAGUUGCUUUACUUGAUAAUGAGAUUAUGCCCUUCCAUAGCCUCCUCCACAGCCAUCUUGUGUGUAAUUCAUAUUGUUCUUCACCGAGUAUUUCAUAAUAGCGAUAGAUUUCAUGCAAACAAUCCGAUAAAAUGCUAGCCUUUCCAAGCCUUGCGACUAUUUCCUAGCACUCUCCUCCGCAGAAGCGUUGUGUUUUGUUUUGGGAGGUUUUAUUGCAAAAUUGUUUUCUUAAAAAUAUCAAGUUAUAUUAAGAUCCUUCCCCCAAUCGCCACAAAAACCAUUCUCUCAGAAAGUACACGUUACAUGCUCGAAGCUGAAACUGAUUAAGUUUGUCUCGACUGAGGAAAAAGACGAUAUACUGGAGGAACUUGAUUUGUGAAAUAUCGUUAAAGCAGUUGUAGAUAUGGUUCCAAGAAGAAUAGAUUUAGUUUAGAUUUUCAACUGUUAAAUACAUGUAUGCAUCAUCAUAGCAUGAAUAUUUCUUCUCAGACUUAUUCUGUAUCGUAUGAAAAAGCAACGCAAUUUUGAGAAUGCGGAAAUGGUGUCUCAUAGAACCUAAAAUGAUUUAAAUGCAACAUUUCUGAUCAAAGUCACAUUGGGAUCCCCCCCCAGCAUCACAGAGAGGAAAUAAGGUGACACUGACCCCUCCUCCUAUUUUUCAAGGUGACUUUCCAAUUUAUUUAAUUCCGAGUAGAAAUGUCUGGAAAAAUUCAUGUCUUCGAUGUACUUUAUAAUCUUCGGAAUUCUGUUAGAUUUCACCCCCAAAAUGCAUGAAAUCGCAAUUCAGGGAUCCUAGAUUUCAAAAUUAAGGUUUGGCUACGCCACUGGUUAUAGCUUUACGAUUAUAGCUACAAAGAGUUGAAGUUAUUGUUUAAAGUAAAAUAUAGCUGAAGUUAAUAAAUUAAAGUUUUACAAAAUCUCUCUUCAGACUCGCACGUUCGCCAAACCUCGACGGCUCAUAUUUUUCGUUCUGCCUUUUUUCCUGUUUUGCCCCCCCCCCCCUCUCCCCCCAGUGAAAAUUCCUUAAAAAAGGCACUGAACGUGAACAAUAAUCAAUAUUUUUGUCAGACAUAGGGCAUUAGACAAAUUAUUAGAAAGAGCAGUUCUAGAUGCUUUGCCUUUGUUAUUAGUAUAGGAUUUUCGCAACCAAACCAACACAGGAUAAUCGCUCGCUGUUCUGGCGAGCUCAUUUGAAAAGUCAGACUUUUGAUCACUGACGAUGAUCCAGAUUUAACGAUUAUCAAUCUUUUCAAAAAUAGAAUGGCGCAGUUUAAAAAAACAUAAAAGCAAUACUAUAUAGACUUAUUGCCGGUAAAACUACGUUUUUGAAAUAAGACAAGUUAGCAGUACACGCUAUAUAUUUUUAUUCUAAUAGAAAUAAAUACACAUGCACUUGUUACUCCCAAGAACGAAGUAUAAAGCCGUUGCAACGGUGAAAUUGAGUGGCGAAGUGGUCUUACAUCAAACUGCAUGACGUUACCUCAUUUGAUCAAUUUCCUAAAGUCGAUUAUUUUGGAUUUAUUUUAUUAUUUUGUUCAGGGUUAGAGUAGGGUUUGGGUUAGUUACAUAGCCAUUUAACACCUCUUCCAUCUUCCGAAAAUAACGUCACGUCAAUUUGGCAGAUGGAAACAAGUGCUCACUUAUUAGAAAGCGUUAUUCACAUCUGAAGUCCUGGGUUCGAUUCUCGAACUUUUCCGGACUCAUGACAUUCCUACAAAAAGAAUCACCCAAGGCUGUACGAAAAGUCGUGGGUUUGCUCCGUUUCCUCCCAAUCGUCCGACAGGGAAUAUUGACAGGGUGGGUUAUGAUACAUAAAAUUAAGUAAUCUCACCACCGCAUCAUUAAUCAGCAUGAACUGCAGCAAAAUGUAUAGCGUGAUUAAAUAAACCAUGCAACCAUUCACGCUGAUUUCGUAAUUAGGUCACCUUUGUUCGGUACCAGAACGACGGUUGGUUUCCAGUCACUAGGAACUUUACCCGUGACAGGCCAGUGACAUUUUAAAAAGUUCAGUUAUAGAUUGCGCCAGUUCAUCAGCAUGCACUCUCGCUGAUAUUCCAUCAUGGCCAUCAGGAUCAGUACUUCCUUUAGGUGGUGUAAAGUCCGCACAGUAAAUAACAUAUUCUUAACUGAAACUACAGUUUCAGUUCCACCUACAGUAUUACAACUGAGACAAUGACCUCUUGCAAUUCAACUACGUCCACACGAAGCUAUUACAAUAGCUUCUAAACAAAUAGUGUUGGAUCGAGGUUAUAGGUGGUAAAUCUAUUGCAGAGGUAGAUUAUGUACCAAGAUACUAUGUCGAAGCACAGCCACAGGUGCAAAAUAAGAAUUAAAUACGUCAACCUUUGUUGCGAAGUGGUUGAAUUGCCAUAGGUCAUUGUCUCAGGUAAGGUGGAAACAAAUACUAAAUUCUUUCAAGUUUCCUCGCACCAACUCAGCUUGUACUUGUUUGUACUCGCGUUUCUUUUUUCGUAUCCAAGCUUUAAUUAAGCAUUCGCCUUUCGUAUCCCGGAUUUACCCAUCGGCGAAAUCUCGCCCACAGUUCCGAACUAUAUUGGUGUUUUGCCUUCCAACCUUUACGGAAUUAAGGAUUUACGAAUUUCCAGACGUAAAUUUAUUCGACAGAUAUUCAGGCACCAUUAAAAUUUUGUUCACUGUUUUAAACAAUCAUUAAGAUGUUGAUUUCUUCUUUCUUCCAAUUUGGAUCAAUCUAGGUCAGACGAUAUUUCGCGUGAUCGAAUGUUAUAAUCUGAUCCACUUAUAAAUACGAGCGGCUCUAUUUUGUAAUUGCUAAAGUUUUUGUGCGAGACCCUUCCCAGACACUGCUGCAUGCAGUAGUCAAAAUGUGGUUGAAUUAAUGAUUUAUAUAUAUCAUGAUGAGAACAUGAUGUGGGACUAACGAUUUUAACCUCAAAACGCCAAUAACUUUGGCUACCUUUGAAUAGAUGCAAUGCGAGCAUUGGGUGUCAUAUUUUCAAUGGAGAAAGUGAGAAACUGACAGAAUAGUUUAAAAAAAUACGGCAUUAUGUAAUCUCAAGACGCCUCUGAUUGGAGGAUUGAAGAUUGUAAAGGAAAAAAGGAAACUAGUCUGAGUCCAAUAUAAAUGAGUCAUCCGGCAGCAAAGGAAAUGUUUAAAGGCAUAUUCUAAUAUACCGUACUGCUUCUAAUCCUUCGUCGACUUGAAAUGAAAAAACGGCGAUGGCCACACCCAAACCAAAAAGUGAUGAAACAACUUAGAGAAGUUUCGAACACGCACGAAAAACAGUUGAAUGUUCACAUAGUAAUGUACAACAAAACAAAUAAGAGAAUGCGAAAAGAUAAAAUUGUCGUGAACACUUUUGAUUCGCGUAUAAACGCAAUUUAAUUAUUUAAUAUAAGUUUGGAAACAAUGCGGAACAGCGCAAAUUGAAAGUUCAUAGUAAUGACCGCUGACCUGAAUUAUGCAGUGAAAUAUGAAUAUUCAAAAGCUGUAUUGACGCGUCAAUGAACCAGAAUCACAGCAAGGGUAUGAGUGGAUUAGAGUCCUUCGUAUGAGGUUCUAAAAACCUGCUUUGAUACAAUUACACGUUCUUAACUGUUCAACUACUGUCCCAAAGGAUCAAGGAAUUUUACAGUCACUUAACCAAGUCGUCUAACCACAGUAAGUAAAAUACGUUCUCUUACUUCUGUUUACGUUUGGUAAACGAAGCCCCACGGGGCUAAUAUGAUUAAAGUAAAAGUGAAUUUUCCUCCGCUCUGAGCGAUCACAAGAUUCUUCUCUACUUUCUGAUGUAUUCUGUAAGAACCUAAUAUAAACAUGGUCUUCAAAUGGUCAGUUCUGAACGUUUUUGAGUCGAUUGAAACAUAUGUAAGGUAAUUUGAUUAUGUAAUCAAAUUUGCUUGCCUCUUCACAGGAAUUUGGGGAAUUAAUAAUUUUACCACCCAAAAAAUAGGCACGCAGUGCGUACGUUGCUAGUCCUUCUAUUCUUGCGUUUUAUAAGAUGGUCGUAAUUCAGCAUGUUAAGAUGGUUGUUGUAAUUCUGCAUAGUAUAUAUUUUCUUCUGUAAACUACUUCCUUUUCAAAUGUUGCUCAGUCUGGGCAUGGCAGUCUAAUAAAAAGAAGAAAAAAAUAGAAAUUAUACAUUGGUGAAAGGGUUGGAAUACAAAAUUAGGCAAUCAUGUGAAUAUAAAAAAGGCACAACCUUGAUAGGUUUUGCUUAAGCCUAUAUGGAAACUGAAACAGAAGCAUAAUGCUAGCUUAGAAAGCAUGUAUGGCAGCAUUUUUUUAAUUAUGGCAGUCACCUAGAUGCACAAGAAAUUGAAGUUAUAGUUAUACAGCAGAAAAAGUCUAACAGCACAGGGCAAAAAACUGAAACAUUAUAACAAAUAAUUGCACCAACUAUUGAUGAUUGAUGGUUUCUUAGUCCAUAAAUUUAUCAUUUCAGUGCAUUUAUGUACCCAGAUUACAUUAUUCAGUCUAAUAAAUCUUACUGGCCAAGGGGGACAGGAGGAAUAGGGAUGGGUUAACAUAUUUAAAAUAAAAUUAUAUAUAUUUAAAUAACAAUCUCAUCUUUUAACAAACACUAUAAGAUAUUUUAAUUCUCAAAUAAGGACAUACCAUAAGUUUCUUGAUUUUUGAAUAAAAAGUCAAGUUUAUAAUUACAUGGAAUUUAUAUAUUGGCAAUUAGAUACAUGUAUAUAAUUUGAUGCUUUCAUCACCAAACACAAAAUCUAUAUUAUAGCACAUAAUUUGAUGAUGCCAUCUCAUCACUGCUGAUGGUUUCAAAAUCUGUUCCAUAUAGUCAUCAAUUCCAACAAUACAAGACAAAUAAAAUAUAUUUGCCAGGUCAAUGCCUAAUUAUAUAACCUAUGCACAGGAUUUUAAAGCAGUUUUUGGUAGAAACAUGCUGUUACUCAGGAUUUUUAAAGCCCAUGGGAAGUGGGGGUUAAAAGCCACGCCGCACACUCCAUCAAUGUUGACGUACAAUUUUCUGAACUAGUUUUACCCAUGUUUUCUGUUGCAAGUAAGAAAAAAAAGUUUUGUAAACUUGUUUAUUUAGUUUUCAUAGCCCAAAAACAUGAUCGAGCCACAUACAAAAAACUAAAUGUUGUAACCUUGAGAUAACCACCUAAACAAUGUAGAAUUGUCAGUACAGACUACGUUGAGCAUGAACAUAUUGAUUAAAAUCUAGGGGUGCACCGGAAUUCCGGCCGGAUUUAACAAAUUUUUCGGCAUCCAGCCGGAUUUGGAGAAAAUCCGGCCGGAUUUAAAUUCUGUUUUCACCUUAAAAAUUCACUAGGAAUGGGAUAAACCAUCAAUUUGGCAGCUUUAAAGUUUAAAAAACACUUCUAUUAUUAUAAAAUAUUAAGUUAUUAACAAAAAUAUAUUAAAAAAAGGUUUAAACACAAUAAAAAAAACUAAACUGACACUACCUAAAAAUAGUAAAAAACAUAAACCGCCAUUUUGAAUACUGAAUUAUCACAAUUUAUCCCCAAUUGUCCCCAUUACUGGUUCAUCUCAAAUCCGGCCGGAAUUUUUGUCCAAUUCCGGUAAAUCCGGUUCCGACCGGAUUUGAAAAUUCCAAAUCCAGUGCACCCCCAUUAAAAUCUGUAAUCCAUAUAAUACUCCUGCCCUUGCUUAGAUCUGAAAUGUGUUGUGGAGCACAUGGCCUUGAGCUUGUGUUUUCUCACUGUUGUGAUCUUUCAUUAUUGUGUGACCUUGACCAGAUGACCAUAAAUUUCUGUUGUGCAAUUUUAACCUAAUGUCAUAAGUCAAGAGUACAUAAUUAAGUGAGCUCUGCAUCAAUUUUUCAAUUAAGACUUUUCACAAUUUUAUACUUCUGUGAAUGAUUUCCUGAACAACCGCCACGGAGAUAUUACCAAUAGACAACCACCUGGGAAAUCACGAAACUCAGUUGGGGGGGGGGGGGGACGCAACUAUAUAACAUUAUAUUAUUACACAAUACAGUGUAUAAUUUAUAUGAAAGUACUUAUUUUACACAAUCGGAAAUACAGAUAAUUCUACUGACUCUACUUGUCUAGUGAUAAAGCAAAACUUUCGCCAAUACCGAUCAUUGGUCAAUUACUAAUCAUCUUAAAUAACUAUAGAAUGGUGUGAAAAGGCCUGUACAUAUCACUAUAUGAAACAUUACGUUUUUAGGCAGACUACAUAUUUUUAAUUUCAAUUAAAUAUAUUAGCUUAACAGGCAAUUGCUAUUAAAUAAAUAUGGAAGUUAAAUGGGUCAUUCUACAGUUCAACCUACCCAUAUUAAGGCAUCUGUUAGCACUUUAAUAUUUGGCAACGUCCAGGCACAACAAGCCAGCCAUUGAUUUAAUUUGUCCACCCGAAAUUUCGCCCGGAAAACGCGACAAACAUCAUUUAAUUACUUUCCUCAUCUCCCUAACAAAUGUGAUAUUCUUUCCUCGCAGUUUAAGCUUCAAAAACACAUGUAAAUCUACUAAAUCCAACUUUUAAUCUGAAAAUAUCAAACCAUUUCCAAUUUUCAAGUUUUCUUUGAAGAUUGCCAGCCUGAGCCCACUAUCAGCAGAACAGCGCUAUCCCAAAUAAAUAUUAAGGGCGCUCACUUGCGCUCAGCGUUUUGAUCCUUUGGAAAACAUAUAUGGGGUCCAAAAAAACGGUGGAAGUUCUACUGACUAUUUCAAAAUUACAAAUAGUAUGCAUUUGGUUUUUAAAGUUUACCAAGUCUUCAGUAAUGCCACUGAUGUUAUAUUGAAGGAGAAUUAGUCUUUCUCAUAAAGGCCAAAUUGGCAAAUUUGCCAUUUUGGGGGGUACUUUUUUUUUAAACGACGCGAAAAAUCUAUAAUUAUAAAGCGAUGUGAAAACAUUUUUUCAAACAUUUUUCAACUGUAAAUUAACUUAAAAUUAUCAUACUUACAAUCAUAGUUAUACAAAUCCCUUAUUCACUGGGUACAAUCUCAGAUUUGUAAAAGGCAAUACCCCGAAAUGGCGGCGUAAGAACUUCUAAUUGUUCUUUUGUUAAAUUCUGUCAAUUCUCUACGUGAACUGCAAGUUUCGGUGAUCAUAUCUGUGCGCCUGGUUCAGUGUAUCGGUUAGCAUUUUAAUCUUGGCUUCACUAUAAUUGAAUGCCUAAUCUAGAUCGAACUGGAAGCGGAAUAAUGAAUAGUAACAAUACUAUAAUUUUUAAUCAGUGUGGAAAUUACCUAAAAAUUGCAUGAGAAAUUUGAAGAUUAAGAACAAGCGUAUAAAUAGAACAAAUAUUUACAGGAUUAAAAAUAGUCAAUAUUCUCUAUAUAUCAAAUGUGUUUCAAAAAGGUUUAACAAGGUUAUCAAUGAUUGUAAGUUCAGGUUUAAAACUGAGAGUUUUGUUCUGAAGGUUUCAAGAUUCGGGAAAUUCCUGACGUCAUUACCGAAUGCAUUCCAUUAUUUUGCGGCAUGAUUUUGGCAUGAUAAGCAAAGCGUUUGCUUCCCCAUUAAUUUUCUAUUAAAAUAUAUUUCGGCUGGUUGUUACUCACUUACUUGCGAUAGAAAAUCAAUCAAGAUUGACUAAGCAUGGCCGCUUUCCCAAUCUGCCUUAUGAACACAGCAGUAAAAAAUUAGCUCAGUCAGCUUAGGCUAUACGUACAGUAUUACGCCUAUACGUACGCCUAUACGUACGCCUACGAGACACUGCCUGUGAUUCAAGUUAUAUGUUUCUUAAUUCAUUUUCCGCUCAACAGAAAAGAUUGUUUAAUAUCCCAACUCAAUUUCUAUGAAUGCUUUAAUUGAGCCGCGCUGACAAAGAAAUUUUGUCAGGGUCUUUUUCCAAUAUAUAUAACUAGGCACCAAAGCCCUCCAGCCCCCUUGGUUCCCUCACUCAACCAUUUUGCCUCCCCUCCAGUCAAGUCAAUGUCCGCAGGGGUGUAGGAAGCAGGGGGGCCUGCGGGCCCCCAACCCAAUAAUUUAAAGGGGGCUGAGCGUAGCCCCACCCAAAUCGACAUUGGAUUUCAACAAGGCGCCCCAGAGGCACCCCCCACACACUAUACCGAUGGGUUGAUCUCACUGCUUAUAGCUCCAUGCGGCAAUCAUAUAUUAUACAGACCUGGGAGCUUGUAUUUCUUCUCGAUCAAGUACGAUCUGGACUGGAGAAGCGGAGAAGCCAUGAGAAUCCAAUUUUCAAAAUAUAAACAAUACAUAAAGUGGAAUUUAGCCCGGAUAUAAAAGCCGAUUAAUUAAAGUUUAUUUUGUAUGUUUAUUUUAUUAAGAUUUAUCAAGAAUGAAUAAUCGUGCCGGGAGGAUUCAGAAUGACACGAAAAUGGUGUUACUUGUCCACAAGUCAGAUACGGACAAACAAAAGCUUGUCAAUUAUUUUCGACGCGCUCUUACAAGUAAAGCUAGUGGUAGUUUAAAAGUCGAAGACGUGAAUGUUGCCAAUGGAAACGAUAAUGUGAAAGAUUCCUCUUGGCUGGAUGAAGUGAACAACAUUGUUUUACUAUGCCUGACGUCCGAAACUAUUCCGUCGUUGGAACAAAUAAUUAGAGAAAAAAGGUACGUGCAAGAUGGCCGCCUGAAUAGGAAAGUAUUUUCGGUUUCCUUUGGAGCAAACCUAAACGCUCAAUGGCCUCCAGGAGGAAUCCAAAACGAAAAUAAUCGAGACUUCGCCUUCAAUUUUGAAAAUGUGGAAAACCUUACACCAACCGACUUCAAAACAUCGGACAGAAUGACAGUGUUAAUUGCAGCAAUGAGAGGCGCAUGAAUUGACCAUGAUGAACAUGACAAUUUUUCACUAUGUUAAUUCACCGGUAGUAUCGUUAGAACGGUAGAUGAAUUUCAAACUCUUUAGUCACAAACGAACUGCACAAAACAGUCUUUUGCUUAGGCGGGUUGCUCAAUUGUCAUUUAACGGAGGAGUGCCACACCACUAGUAUUGCGAGCUCAAAUUCCUGUUAGCGGCCAUUUUAUGGGCCGAGUAAGAGAUCCGGAAAAAUUUUUUAUAAUCCGUCUUAUAUUUAAACAAUCCUUUGAGAAUCCUUGUUUCUUUUAUCAAACAAGUAAUUUUUUAUUGUUAUUUGUAGAUUUGAUAAAAACGAUAAAAAUGCCCGCGAUAUUAUAUGGUGUGACACUAAUCCUUUAAUUAAACAAUUCAGUUAAUUAAGCUAUUUAAUGAGGGCCAAUACAUGUAUCUUGAUAUCCGCUAUAUAUCUAGAUAUAGCUAAUUCAAAAAAAGGUUGUCCUUCAAAAAUGUUAAACCUUAAAUCUUCGGAGUGCGCAAGGUAUGAUGGGUGAAAUUUAUUUAGAGUCCUAAACUCGGAAAGUUUGCCUUGCAACCAUAUAGUUAUAGGAGAUCUAGAUUGCUAACGCAUAACUAGCGCAGGCGGGGCCUACAUGAUAAAUCCAAGAUGGCGGUACAACAGGGCAAAAAGACUAUAAAUUCUAUUACGAAAAUCAGGAUUUUUGCAUUUUUUGCCGUUGCAUUGUUUUGAAACUUAUUCGGUCAAAUUUUAUGGUAAAGAGAAACUUACCGCGAAGAUUUUGAGCACAUAUAUGAUUGAAUUGGAUAAAAACUCGCAAAAUUAUCCAUCGAUAAAAGUUCGUGUAUAGUACUGAUAUAGUACAAUAUAUGUAACUUGUACAGUUUUGCUUAAAUUUUUGCUCACUAUUUGCAUAAAAAGCAAGUUAUAACAGACCAUAGAUGAUAGAACCUCAUCGAGUGCUCUCAUCAGUUUACUUCUCUAACAAGCAAGGAGGGGGGGGGAGGGGGGUACAUAACAGUUCAUUUUUUAUAAUUAUGAAGACAGAGCAGAUGAUGAUGAGAGAUGCUAGUAUAAAACACCAUUCACAAGGCUAGAUGUUAACAUAGCACAGUAUUUCUGGCAAUAAAACGCUGCAACUGACCAACUGACCAUUUCACACGAACUUUUAUCGCCAUCAUACCUUGCGUGCUCAAUAUUUAAGAUUUUUCUAAGGACAACCUUUUUUGAAUUUUAGCUGUAUAUAGAUGUCUAGAUGACUAGAUGUCCAUGCAUAUCGCAUAUAUUUUUGUGUUAUUGGUUUAUUUAUUUGGUCAAAUACACGUAUAGUAUUCAAAUGGCGAUGACGCCUACUAUGGGAUUUUAUGUGAUGCAAAAUGUUUUAG